AUGCUCGUCGGCAUCUACCGGCUCACGCUCCAUCCGCUCGCAAAGUAUCCCGGACCGAAACUGGCGGCAGUGACACGUCUGUGGCACUCGUACCUAUGCACCAGGAGACAUCGUUUCCAGCCCUUUCACGCAGGCACACACGAAACAUACGGACCAGUGUUGCGGAUUGCUCCAGACGAGGUGCUCUUCACUCCCAGUCGUGCAUGGGAUGACAUUUUACGGCGCGCGCCAGGAAGCGAGGAUGGACAAGGACCCCUCUACAAGGGCCCGACUGCGCCUCAUUCAAUCGUGACGGUAGACGGUGACCUUCAUCGCUUUUACCGCCGUCUGCUCGCCAAGGGCUUCUCGGAUGCUGCGCUGAGAGAGCAGGAGCCAGUGAUUCAACGAAACAUCAAUCUAUUGGUAGAGACUGCAAGUGGAGGUAGCGGCAGCGAGACCUACGGUUACCCCUCGAGAACUCGCACUACCACCACCCUGGGUGGAAAUGAUUCUCGAGGUGAUGAAACUCCGCGCCAUGACGCCGUGAGGUACUAUCAUGGAUAUUCCACAUCUGAUGUGAAUGGGCUCGAGCGUGCGAGAUUGGCAGGAAUUGCUCCACCCUCAUCAUCGCCGGCAGGAAAAACGGCCACGGCUCUCAGUGCAACACUAUGCUUCCCUGACACAGAACGUAAACGCCAAGCGCAAAGUGAUCAGCGAAAUUCGAAGCACCUUCAACAGCGUUGGAACAUCAACUCGAUCAGCGUGAGAUCAGCUGAAGUAUCUGAACGCGAUGCAGACGAGGCAGCGCCGGAUCUUCCCUCCAGUCCCGCGGUCUUUCCGCGCCGUGUCCCCUCGGGGUGGCGAUUUUAUCAUCGACGGACAUUUGGAUCCCUGGUGGCACACAAGUCGGCAUCGCGCACUUCUGCAUCAAUCGCUGCAGCCGGAACUUUGUCGAUCCACACAGUUUCAUCCCUGAACGAUGGCUCGGGGAUCCCACAUUAUACUCGACGAUCGCCGCCAUUAUCAGGCGUUCAGCUACAGUCCUCGAGCUGCAUUGCUCGCCUCUCGCCCGAUUGGAGAUGCGUCUGUUUCAAACUCGGCUGA